AUGAGACGCUUCUUGAGCUCUUCGCGGUUUUAUGCGCCCUAUUUGCGUCAUAGUACAAGUGAAAUUUCAGCCUUGCAGAGGGAACUCCGAAACGUUAAGAAGCGGAUUGGUGCCAUAGAAGAAAGGCAAACACUUCAGUCACUAGUGGCAUUUUAUGCUUCUCGACCCCUGAACAGACUGGACAACUUUGAAGACGUCUUGCGCCACUGCUUAAAAGAUGGUUAUAAUUCCAAUGUUUUCUGUCAUAUGGAACUGCCGGUUCUCCUUUCUCGUCUCGUCACGGCCAUUGACACGUUACCUUGUGGAUUAAAUGCUAUGCCAUCCGUUUUGUUGGUUAGAAACACGUAUUUGGACUCCUUUAGAAAACUCAUUAAGUGCGACUUCCCAGAUACUGAGGCAAAUAUUGCAAAUUUUCGGCGCGCCGUUGCUGAUAUUGAGGAGGCGCAUUCACGAAGAGACAUUCUGGUUACUAUGGCAAUGGGCCUUCUCGAGCUGAAGGACCUGCUUUCACGGCACAAGCAGUAUAUUCUUAGUAGAAAGAAGGGUCCUCCAGAAGCUGCUUUUGAUUUUACUUUAGAUGAGGCCUUGCUGGGCCUUACAAUACCAAUGGACAAUUUUAGUUUGUGUAUGGUAUAUUAUAAUUUUCUUUCAAGAAUGCUUCUUGCUUUUGAUGAAAAUGAUGCGAAUAUGGCAGGAAUGGUGGAUCUUAAAAUUGAUCUUGAGAAGGUAGUACGCAAUGCUGUCGAUGAUGCAAAGCAAGUUUGUACAGAACACUAUGGGGACUGUCCUGAUGUUAAAUUUAUUGUUUCGAAGGAAGAUCAUAUGAUGCAAUUUCCCCACAUGAGCGCGACGAUUUCUUACAUCGUUCUCGAGUUAAUGAAAAAUGCGUUCCGAGCGACUGUGGAUUCUCACAUGGAACGCAAUCCUUCUGGUAUAGUUGAUUGUGGUAAUAUGCCUCCUGUAGAAGUUUUGGUAAACGUAAAAAAAACUGCAAGCAUGCAUGUAUUUGUAUUUCAGAUGAAGGCAUGGGAAUGA